UUGGAAAGACCAGAUAGGAGCCGGAAGCACCGACCGGGGAGGCAAAAGCGAAAUCCAUGGCGCUGUCGAGCGCGGAGAAGAAGACGGCCGCGGAGGUGGUCGCGGCGCUGGAUCUGCACCGCCACCCCGACGGCGGAUUCUACCUGGAGACCUUCCGCGACCCCUCCGUCGCGCUCCCCAAGUCCGCGCUCCCACCCCAAUAUAAGGUGGACCGUGCUGUGAGUAGUGCAAUCUAUUUCCUCCUUCCUGCUGGGGAGAUUGCUCGGCUUCACCGCAUCCCUUGCGCUGAGACAUGGCACUACUACAUGGGGGAGCCUCUCACGGUAUUUGAGGUGCAUGAUGAUGGGCAAGUCAAAAUGACAGUCGUCGGUUCCGAUCUACAGGAAGGGCAGAGGCCGCAGUACACGGUCCCUCCGAAUGUGUGGUUCGGUGCCUUCCUGACCCACGACAUCGAGUCCUUCACCGAAGACGGCAGUGUUUUCGUCAAGACACCUGGAAGGAACCCUGACCUGCACUAUUCAUUCGUCGGAGUGACCUGCGCUCCAGCGUACCAGUUCGAGGACGAUGAGAUGGCCACCCGCGACGGCAUGAAAACUUUGGGUGCUAAAGCAGAAGCUUUCAUCAAUUACCUUGUUCCGUCUUAGUGCAAUUGCUGAUGCAAGUAGCUUGUUCUUUGCUAUGAAUAACAUCUAUCUGCUAGUUUAUUGAAAAAAUUGUAUGUAUGGCAUGACUUCCAGCUAUUUGACUUUAGAGAGUAGUCUAGCAUGGAAGUUGAUGUUCAUGUAAUCAUGUUGCUAUACUUUAGUAUGUCUUGCUCGUGUUUCAUCUGAACAAUAAAGACAAUCCAGUAGUAAUACUAGGUUCA